GUGUGUUUGGGUGCGUGUGUGUUUGGGUGCGUUCGUGCGUGCGUGUGUGUGCUAGCGUGUAUUCAUGCGUGUGUAGCCAGUUCGUUGUGCAGACCUUUCCCGGUCCAGUCUGCGGUUGAGAAUUCUGCAGCUUACCCUGUAGGUGGGUGCGCACACGGCAGUGAAAAGCAUGAAAAGUGGGAAGGGGCAGCUCAGAGGACGAGGGAGAGAGAGGAAGGUGCGCACCUAGCAGCUGAACCCUGAGGGCUAUCCAUAAGGAACCAUGUGCAGCUCCCUGAGUCCCAAACAUCCGAGCAGCCCGGGCCUGACAGACAUGCAGCAGUACCACCAGUGGCUGGCCAGUCGACAUGAAGCCAGCUUGUUGCCCAUGAAGGAAGACCUUGCUCUCUGGUUAACCAACAUUCUUGGCCUGGAAAUCACCGCUGAGAGCUUCAUGGAACGUUUAGACAACGGCUUCCUCCUUUGCCAGCUAGCUGAGACGCUGCAGGAGAAGUUCAGGCAAAAUUGUGGAGACCUGGAUGCAGUCAACAACAGAAAGGUUGUCCCUUACCGAAGGAUCCCAAGCCGGCGGACUGCUCCGUCUGGCUCGUUCUUUGCCAGGGACAAUACGGCCAACUUCCUGUCUUGGUGUCGUGAGGUUGGAGUGGGCGAAACGUGUUUGUUUGAGUCUGAGGGUUUAGUUCUUCACAAACAGCCUCGAGAAGUCUGCCUCUGUCUGUUACAGUUGGGGCGGAUAGCAUCCAGAUACAACGUGGAGCCCCCCGGCCUUAUAAAACUAGAGAAAGAGAUUGAACAAGAAGAGAAAGCACCCUUACCUCCGCCGUCGCCCGCAUCUCCCGUUCAGCCCCUUCCUCCAUCCCCACCAUUGUCAACCUCCCCAUCUCCCUCCCCCUCGCCGACCCUUCCCAAAAUCACAACAACCAAGAGGAGCACAGGGAACCUGCUGGAUGAUGCUGUAAGACAUAUCGCUGACGACCCCCCCUGCAGAUGUCCCAAUAAAUUCCAUGUGGAGAGGCAUUCACAAGGCCGUUACCGUGUUGGGGAGAAAAUGCUCUUUAUACGAAUGCUGCACAACAAACACGUGAUGGUGCGUGUGGGAGGAGGCUGGGAGACGUUUGAGAGCUACCUGCUCAAGCACGACCCGUGCCGCAUGCUCCAAAUCUCCCGGGUUGAGGGGAAGACGUCGCCCGUCGCCGGCAAAGGUCUCAACAUCAAGGACCUGACGCCCGAUAGCUACCUGGUGGUGGCAGCCAACUACCGCGGCAAAAAGGCAACACAGGACGCUGCUCCAUGAUGAAGACAGUAGCUGUGUGACAUUCACAGAAAGACAUUUAAAAGUCAUCAUGGCAAUAGAAUGAGUCAACUGGCUAUACAUGGUGUAAAUUUCUUUGAAUAAUAUUAUAACCAAUUUAGUUUUAUAUCUCUUGCACAGUAUUUUGCUCUUUUAGUUAUGUGCCUGAAUCUAUGGGACUGUAUCUUUAUUCUUAAAAAAUGUAGCUUAAUUGGACAAUAUAAACUAGCAAGUAGAGUUAAUAUUCACGUGGUUUAUGCCCGUGGAUUCCAAAGUAUGUUUUCAUGAUGUUAACAAAACGUUUACAUGUCUUGUAAAAAUGCAACUGUGACACUUGUGUGUUGAUUUACAAAGUAAAGAAACCAAAGCCUAGCCCAGAGUGCUUCA